GGCGAAAGGGGUGGAUCCCGUGCUCAGGGCUGGGUGGGUGGUCGUGCUGGAAGAAUGAAUAGUGGCUACAACGGAGGGCCUCCCCCUGGGGCCGUAGGAGGGUUUGGCGGUGGUGGAGGGGGAUCUGAAGAUAGUGGUGCAUCAGGAGGAGGUGGUGGUUACUCUGGGGGAGGUAGCGGCACAGAAUCAUACCAAGCAGGAGGGGGAGGGGGCUCUUACUGUAGUGGCUCGAAUUGUUCAGGAGUGAAUGGAGGUAACUCAAAUGACAACGGACUUGUAAAAAUCGUGGAACUGUCUGUCUAAACCGAGAAACUAAGGCCACGUUAAAAAAAAAUCGUUUCCACUGUCGGUUUAUUACUGGUUAUUAUUAGAGUUUUCUGUAGUAGAAUGUCAACUACCGUUAAUGUAUUAUCGUAAUUCGCGAUCGAAUACAAUGAACGUUAAUCAGCAGAAAUAAUAGUAAUUAUAAUAAUAAUAGUAAUAAUAAUAAUAAUAAUUAUAAUGAUAAUAAUAAUAAUAAUAAUAAUAAUAGAGACAACCACAUUAUCAUGGCCUCGCUUAGGUAUAUAAGAGAUAAUGAGAGUAUAAAGACUGAAUAAUUUUCUAAAUAAGCUUCUAGUAGAGAUAAUUAUAUCAUCAUGUCUUUGCGUAGGUUUUACAGAGUAUAAGAAUUUAAUAAUAUUCUAACUUGGCUUUUUAAGUCGAGAGAUUCUUAUCAUUAUGUAUAUUAGGAUCGUAUUAGGUUUCGUACUGACCUUUUAUUUCUUUUAAGUAUAGCGGCCUCAAGUGAUGUAGGUUACGUUAUGCGCCCUAUACUACUCAUAAUGUAGACAGCAAGUUUUAUACUGCGAGAUAAUAAUAAACAAGAUUUAUCCUCGGAGUGGCUAAAACUCUUUGUUAAUUAUUAGUCUGAGAUAUGAAGAAAAGUUCUACUUCACGGACGAUCCAUCUGUACCCUUGUCUUGCACUGCGCAUUGACUACGUUGCAUACUAUUGCGAUAUCAUAGAUGACUGCAAUUGUCACUGGCCGCCUGGAGGAAGGAAACAAACAUUUUAUUUUUCAUUUGUCUAGUUAAACAUUUUAUUCGCGAUUAUAAGAUUAUGACCUCUCUUGGUCAAGGUGUUGGUCUUGAAACUGGUUCCAGUUCCUUCGCAUGUACUUAUCAUUUGGAGCCGAAAUUGCCGGCCUUUGUUGUCUGUUUACCAUGAAAAACGAAACGGUCACGUUUUUACUGGUGACAUUUACUCGUAAUGGGUACACACACCAAAAAAAUGAUUUAAGGAAAUUUUUAUGUUUGUUUUUAAAAAACGGACACAGAGGAGCUAUUCUUAAUGUCAGACGGCACAGUAUUCGAGAGUGUGGGGGGUGCCAAUUUUCUCAAAUUAAAAUAAGGAAGAGAAGGGAGAUUUUUAGACGAUGAACGUAGCUGACGAAAUGGAAUGGUACUGUUGCGGUCUAAUUUUGUUACAUUAUUUGCAAGAUCGGGUAAUCAUGAUUGGGAAAUCUUUUAAAAUAUUAUAGCCCAGAUAAAUUCGGUUGGCGGAGGAAUCGGCGUCUGGCCGUAUUUAGCCGGGGGGAGGGGCGCCGGGGUUCGUACCGUUGUGGCUUAAAUUGUUCAUGCGUGACAGGAGGUAUGAUGAACUUAUACAAAUCAAGAAAUUGUCUGUCUCUACUUGAGUAAUAUAGAACUGUUAAAAUUUCUGAUGACUUUACUUAUUUAAUAUUCAUUUAUUUUAUUUUUCUAGUGUUUAUUUUCUUCUUUAUAAGUAAGUGAAACGCAACGUUUCGUCGAAGUUUUUUUCGUCAUAAAUCUUAAACUUACAUAAAAGAAUUCUGAUUUCAUAAAAAUUGUAUAAAAUGAUACGAAGAAAGCCAGGAUAUUUCAGUUCGAAAGGAUACGAGGUAAUUUACAUACUGACCAAAACAACUUCCAGCGCAAUUCGAAACAGUUCGACUUCGUGCUUGUUUUCUUGCAUUAGAUACAUCCUGCUGGAUUAAAACCUUACAAGAUUUUUUAGAAUCAAAAUAAGUUAGAACUUGAGUUAGAGUGCAGUUCCUGAAAAAGGAGAGCCCAAAAGCACGUCGCGAUGAAGGUAAAUUAUCUUUGCACGUCCCCUAACACUUACAGGUGUAAAUCAGAGAGUCAAAGGACGCAAAAUGCGUUGGCGCCCUGUGUGAGCCCGCCAAUAGUCAUGGGACCCGCGACUUUACGGCUGACCCUUAUCAGUAGCUUAAGAUUUGUUAGUCUCUUCCAAAAAUAGCGAAAACACUUUCCUUAAUCCAAGUAACUUUUCGCGCCUGUUUACAUGGAGGUGGGGCUUCCCAGGUAGUUGGGGUAGCCCGCCUGUCCAUAUAAUCUCUUAUUUUAAUUUGAUCACGUUUACAUGAUAGGUGGAGUUACCCGCCACAUGUUACCUCACCUAUCUGGUGCCCCCACCUCCAUGUAAACAGGCCCUUAAGCUUGGGCGCAAUUGUGAUAAUUCGCAUAAACACGAGCUGCUAAACUUUUAUUGCAUUGGUGACGAUUCCUCAGGGACCCAUUUAGGAAAAUCGCGCCCACCCUUUCUUUUGUUUUCAAGGAUCCAUGACAUGCCCUCAUAGGUGGCACAAUGGCAUUAAUCCAGAGUCUUAUCUUUUUAAUAGGGUGGAUUCAUUUGCAACAUAGCUGUUGCAUUUGCCUGCUGGAAUUUUUUAUUGUUUUUAAGGUUAAAAACAAAAGACCUUUUGUGGGCAAAUACGACAGCUAUACGCGUAUGUUGCAAAUGAAUUCACCCAAAAUGUUAGCCGUCUUAUGCUAGAAACAGCAAAGCCGAGUGAUUCCGCCGCGACUUUUUAUUGCAUAAGGAAAUCUAGACGAAGUAUCGCCGCUGCUGUUAAAGACAAGUUCUCUUAAAGGAGAAAUAAGGUAGUUAAUUGUGAAACGAAAGGAACCGGCCUUGGAGUGUACAGGUUCAAUUCAGAAGGAUUGACUGAAAGCGCAAUGGUUUACCAAGGAAUAAAUACAGCGACAUUCAGGUUUGGAAUUUUAGAAAUGCUCCACGUAAUUUUGAGUAUAGCCCUUUUCGAAUGAACAGGUUUUUUCUACAACCGGUGAAGUCAAAAUAUAGCCUUUUUCUUGACUACAUAAUUUAUUUAACCCUGUUAUUGAGUUGCAGCGUUGUAACAAUGCGAGGUAUCGUUUGAACGUGAAGCAGUUUACCUUGAUAAGGGGGAGAGGGGAGCGGUCAUCCAGACCCUUAGAUAAGUAGGGGGGGUAUCCCAAAAAUUUUUUUCGGCCCUUCGGGCCUCAGUUUCAUCUAAAAAUACGGGGAAGGGCUGUACCCCCGGCCCUUUCCUGGAUCCACCACUGUGAAGUUAUUCUUAAACAAUUUCAAAUGGCAAGGGGUUACAAAUGUGAGGGAAUUGUGACUUUUUCUCCUUACAUUGCUGAAGAUCCCGUCUCUUCUCUACGUAGCUCUUCAUGAUUGAGGCCCUCCGCCUACGCACAAGCAGGCAGUGAAUCCGCUCACCGAAGGUGCAUCUUUUUUUUUUUUUUUUUUUUAACUGCUCAGAGAGGAAUUUUUCGAGUCUAAUUAAGUAUACAGUUUCAGCCUGCUAGGAUUCGUAAGGACGGGACUUGAAUUGGGGCUUGUGCGAUAUAUUCAUGGUUUUCACAUGACGUCACCAAAAUUUAAACUAAAGAAUUAUCGAUUCUUCUGAGUUUCUACUUUCAUGAGGUAUUACAGCAGCUAAACACCUUUAUUUAUAGGACGGUUCUGCAAAGGGCCAGACCUUUGCCUGGCUCGGAUGACCACAUAAAAUGGCGGUCUCGUCUCCAGUAGGAGACGUAACCAAUUAGUACUUUUGUGCUCUAUAUAUUGAGAUUUUAAAAUGUGAGUCUAUUUUCUUUUUCCUUUGGUUGGCAGUGAGAGCUUAUUUGACCCAAAAACUCAUACGCUCAGUGAAUCAGUCAAUUAUGAGAUGGGUGAAUGAUCCCGAUCCGUAUUAAUGAAUUCAUGGUGCUAUACGAUUACGAACGGAGUACGCGGCAUCUCUUUAUCGCGAAGAAUUUUCACAACUCUCCUGCGCCUCUGUCGAACACGUCACUGGUUGCUAAGGAAACGCCAGUCGGGGGCCGGCAGAGGCCUCUCUCUUUCCUCUCAUUUUUCUCUCGCCGUGACAGUCCUUUGCUAGCAGGAGGAAAAGACAAAACUAUGGAAACGAGGAAAUAGAAAGCAACAGGUUUAAUAAGCAAAAAAAAAAAGAAAGAAAGAAAACUCUCAACGUGCAGCACACUUUUCGUGGCAGAUUUCGUUGCCGUAAUCGAAACGACUGAGGUUGUUAAACUUGAUCGGAACAGCAAUGCGAUCGUCGCAUUGCGUAAACUUGAAAAUGUGCGACCAACGUUUUUACCAUGCAUGAUAUAUAAAAAUCAGUUUUAGUUACGUAUAUCAAAACCAUCUAGCGUUUCGGAAAUUGCAAGUUAGUACAAUAAGAUGAAGUCAUUUCCGGUACAUAUUGAAAUCAAAUUAUAUGUUCCUGUUCCCUUUUCUGUAAAUUAUUUACCUUCUAGCUAUGUGGUCAACAUUUAAGGCAACCACAUUGGCUAUUAGCAGGCGUCAUAUCCUGUAAACUUUGAAAUUAAGUAUAAUAUCUUCUAGUUCCUGUUUUUGCAAACUAUUAGUAUCUUAUUCAAACGCAGUCGACCACAUUUAUUUGAGGCAUACGAAACGUAUACAGCUAGCUACUAAAAGCGAAGGUGUUAGUAACUAGUCAAAGUCAAAAGCAGGUGUUGCUAACUCAUUUGCAACUACGAUACAACACUGGCACAAUGUCUACGACACCCGAUGAACCAGAGAGUAUCUAUCUCGAGCUCCAAGGCAAGACAGGAACUUAUCAAGACUAUGACGAUAUCGUCGGAGAAGCAGCAACAAAAGUGAAAGUUGGUGAGAAUCUUUAUCAGAAAUACAUCAAAAGAGAACAAACCCAAUCAGUGUCUGAGAAUGCUGUGCAAGAAGACCUCAGAAAACUCCGGCGAAUGCAGGUUUUUAUGUGUGCUGCUUUAGCCAUGACCCUCCUAAUCGCUGCUGCCACAUUAGGAUUUGUCAUCAUGAUGAAGUGGUCUGGAAACAAAGAUCCAAAUGCAUCAAAAAGCAUGGUGCAAGGUAAGAGUCAGUGAAAAAUUUAUACCUUAAACUUAUUAGAGAUUUACAGGAAAUAAGAGCCCUCCACGAGCUAUCCCUGAAAAUAGUGCAUUAAGAGCGGAUGUCAGUAAAUAUCGACCAGAGGUAUACAAAACUGAAAAAUCGAAAAUUCUCAAAAAAAUUCACAAAGUAGCACUAGGUAAGCUAUUAACAUAAAUGUAAUUUUUACUUCGAUCCGAUAAUUAUUUUCCACGUACGGGGGGGUUAUUGGUUUCGCGGCUCUCGGACCGUGUUUUCCAGGCCCGAGACCAUGUGUCACAAAAAAAUCGUUUUAAAAUUCAAAUCCAUUGUAAUGUGGACAACAAAUAACUUAUUCAGAAGAGUACUUAAUUGCACACAUUCUAAGUUGUGAUUUACUCAGUUUGAACGAAAGUGUAAUAUUUUGGAGAUUUUUCAUUAUUUUCAAUAUUUUGAUCGUUUUCGUUCAAUGAAAAAAAUGGCAAAUUUCAAAGCCCAAAAUCGUCGACUGGUACCUCGAUUUCAGUAACGAGUCUUAUACCACGUUAAAGAACGUUAUCUCUUCUUUCAAAAUCUGUUUUCAAAACUACGGGCAACUUAAAAGAAAAUUUUUGAGGCCAAAAAUACUAGUAGUACUUUUCUGAAAUUUGAGCUUUCCAGACUCAGCGGGUCGAUGCUAAAAACUCAGAAAAAUGCGAUAAGAAAUCAGUUUGAGCAACAGUGAUUUAACGUUAUCAGCUAUCAGAAACCAACACGUGUUUAUCGAGCGAUCUGAUAAAAUUUAAAGCCGUUUUCCAACAAGAAAAGCAGAGUUUAGCCAUCUUCUGCUACCAAACGCACGAGUGACGUAAGGUUGUCAAAGGGCAAAGCACAAUAAUAAACUUCAAAAAGCACAAAGUUUCUGCGUCCAGGAAUUAGACUUUAGCGGACAGAACAAUGCCUACGAGUGUAUGUUUCAUACCUUAGCAUGGGUUUCCUAGAUAAUGGAAAUAAAAACAUCAAGGACAGCAUCGGCAAGACCAUCUUCGGCUGCUCUCAAACGACGGAGAUUGCGUUACUUUUCACAGAUUGACCGCUUACCACCUGUUUUUGGGCUCGCAUUUCGACGGAACGCUUGCCUCGAGAGGCGCGGGGCACGGAUCUGAACUCUUCUUCACGAGACAUUGAGCUGAAUUUAUCGGAAAUAUGCCACCACCAACAACAACAUGAGCUUUUUUUCGGGUAUUUGUCGUUUUUUAUGCGAAAAGUUCGGGUAAGCAGAUUCUUGCAAAAACCAUUUGGCUUAAAAAAUGUGUUUAAAAGCCCACCCUGGAUUUGAAGCAAAAAGUAUUUCCUCGAAAUAAGCUAAAAAUACCCAAUUCACGCGGUGAAAAAAUGGAUGAUUAUGGAAGGAUUAUCGAAUUCUUGCCUAACCUGAGGGAUUUCUCGUGAUGUAGGAUUAGGGCUAGGAAAAAAGCUCAUAACCUGCUCCUGUCGUUGUGAAUUUCCUCAAGAUCAAAAAUUUCAGUAAGAACCGAAAACAACAGCUUACAGGAGGUGCACACACCUUGAACUAGCCAGGGAAAAGGGGCUUCUGAUUGAGCUAAACUGUCUUUGAUGCACGGUGCAAUUAGGUAGACCUGUUACUAUCCCCCGCGCAAUGACAUGGGGAGUACUUUGAAGCGGUCCUGUCGGGGACUUUCGGGGGUAGGGGGCGGGGCAAAUCGAAAAUAACUUCUCUUUGUUUUUGUGAAGUACAUCAUUUCUCGCACGGUUGACAAGGUGACGGCGGACUCCGUACCUUUGGAAAGGCCCUUUUGAAACAUGUCCUGGCAACAUGCAGGGAAUCACGAAAUUAACGUCAACACCUUGAGUCAACUCCAUGAACAGGGAGAGGCGAUAAGUCCCAUCUUGUCUAGACGUGAAUAGUCUGUCCACAGUCAUUUUUCAUUUUGUAUUUCGGGAGCGUUUGACAGCGUACGAGUGAACUGGAGCGCAGUAACGAGCCCUAACCCCACCCCAUUGCCCUUUGCGGUCAAUAAAUCAUCGCGUUUUUUUUUUUUUGCGCGUUCGAGAACCUCAAAGGGAAUAUUGAGGGUCUUUGUACAGUUUCAGUUUAUUUUACCGACAAAAAAAGAACAAAACAAAGCAAAAGACAAGUAUACAGAAACACGCAGAAGUAAUGUGGUGAGGAAGCCCAAAAAGAAACCAUAAGGCUUAGGUCAUCCCCUUUCGUUCGUUUAGCGUCGAAUAUGUUUCCUGGCUUUGGGUGGGUCGGUCGGUGGGGUGAAAAAAAAUCACAAGAAAUCUGAGAACAGGAGGCCUGAAACACCAGCAUCAUUGCCGUGGAGACUGAAAACAACAAGACAUGGUCGACCAAAUCGACACAAAUUUAAUCUGGGGAAAAUUUGAUGGUCAAUUUCAUAAAAAAGGCCCAAGAAGGGUAAAACGCAAAGAGGAUAUACCACCGAACGUUUUAUGCCUCGAAAUGAUGUUAUAAUGCUAAUUUUUUAGAUUAAAAGAAUUAAUCUAAGUCCAAAAAAAAUAAAACUUGUCGUUUCUUUUUCUUGCUUUUUUAAAAAAGGCCAAAAAACUGGGUCUUUUGGUCGACACUAAACGAAGAAAAAAUUAAUAUAGGAAUUAAGCUCCCCUAAAGUAUAAAAGUAUAAGUUUACAAGGACAGGAUCGAACGUAUACUGAGUAACUAAAUGAGAAAAAUUUGAUCAAAAUCAAAUGAAAGGCUAAGAGCCUAAGCGCUGUCUGAUAACGAAACGGUAAACAAGAAGUGCUGCCUCUCAUUUAAAAGAGACGUGAAAUACUGGGUGGACCACAUCCUGAACUCCCGCGGAAACCGCAAGAGAGGAACGCUCAUGGCUAAGGAGACUAAACAGGGGCGUAGCUACUUGUACGCACGGUUUGCACGUGCGUGCCCGAAAACAUUGAGGAAAAAAAAUAGAAUGAAAUAAACAUAACUAAAAAAAUCGGUUUCCAGAGAAGCGACGACAUUAAUUGGAGAACCGAAUCUUGGAUGAUUUAUUUAUAUAGCAAGCUUGAUGAUGUAAAGCGUGAACGCGUUGUUUUCUCCACGACGUGUCUUCGGAGUAGACGAAGUAGAGCACAAUUACGUCAAUGUGUGGUGCUUUUGUCGGUAAAAAAUAAUGUGACAAAAAGGGGUAAAAAGAGUCAUUUGUAAACUUAAGUCGGAGGUUCUACAAGCUUGAUUUUUAAUAGCUGAAUUAAUGAUAAACGGUUGACGUCAAUGAACAUAACAAGCCGACAGAAUUGAAGAAUUUUAGAGGUUGUGUCAUUUCAUAAACAGCAAAAAUGCUUUUGCUUACAACCGUUAACCCCACCUUUAAUAAAGGCAUCUUAAAAAAAUGUUGAGAUUUGGGGUGGGGGAGGUGGGGAAGAAGAUGUAGAAAAAGUUGGGCGUAGCUCCGGAAAAAUCCUGACUACGCACCUGCUAAAGCGACUGAACAACAGGAGUCUUGACGAAACGUCCUCAGUUAUCACCUGUCCGGGGUCGUACUUUCAAGGAAACGCUGAUCAAGAAUCACUCAUGACGGAAUGAAAACUCCUCGUAGCUUCCAGCGAAAAAAGGAGUGACAACAGUGGUAAGCGGUCGUUCUGUGAAAUGUAACGCAAUCUUUGCCGUUUACGAUCUUUCGGCACGUGGAUUUGAAACGUUGUUGUUUGGUAUGUUCUCCCGUGUGGAUACUCGACAUUUCCAACAUAUGGAAACACCAUGCUAAGGUACGAACAACAGACAUUCACAACAUUGUUUUGUACGCUAAAAUCUGAUUUCAUGGACGUAAAACGUUUUGAAUUUUAAGACUUUUUAUAUUAGUGCUUUGCCCUCCCUUUGACAACUUCGCGUGACUGGUGCACUUGGCAGGAGUUGACAGCUUAAAUCUGCUUUUCUUGAUAGCAGACGGCAUUAAUUUAUAUCAGAUCGCUGUAUAAACACGUUUUGGUUUAUGAAAGCUGAUAACAUGAAACCACUAUUGCUCAAACUGAUUUCUUACUGUAUUUUUCCAAGUUUUUAGCAUCGGCCCGCUGAGUCUGGAAAGCUCAAAUUUCAGAAAAGUACUACUUGUAUUUUUUGGCCUCAAAAAUUUUCUUUUAAGUUGCCCGUAGUUUUGAAAACAGAUUUUGAAAGAAGAGAUAACGCUCUUUUACGUGGUAUAAGACUCGUUACUGAAAUCGAGGUACCAGUCGACGAUUUUGGGCUUUGAAAUUUGCCAUUUUUUCAUUGAACGAAAACGAUCAAAAUAUUGAAAAUAAUGAAAAAUCUCCAAAAUAUUACACUUUCGUUCAAACUGAGUAAAUCACCACUUAGAAUGUGUGCAAUUAAGUACUCUUCUGAAUAAGUUAUUUGUUGUCCACAUUACAAUGGAUUUGAAUUUUAAAACGAUUUUUUGUGACACAUGGUCUCGGGCCUGGAAAACCCGGUCCGAGAGCCGCGAAACCAAUAACCCCCCCGUACGUGGAAAAUAAUUAUCGGAUCGAAGUAAAAAUUACAUUUAUGUUAAUAGCUUACCUAGUGCUACUUUGUGAAUUUUUUUGAGAAUUUUCGAUUUUUCAGUUUUGUAGACCUCUGGUCGAUAUUUACUGACAUCCGCUCUUAAGUUGUAAACUUUAUAGUUAUUAGUUAUAAACGCAACAGGGUUUUCUAAACUUUAUACUAGUUAUUAUGGCCCUAAAAGUUAUCUUUAAUUCUUCGUUAAUACAGAGCGGUGUUCAGGUAAUUUUGGAUGCUGGUUCGCUUGUAUUUUGACUCAAAUAAACUCAAGAAUUUUAAUUGCAAAUACUACAAUUGACGCAAAAAUUGAUUCCCAGUAAGGAAACCAGGCUUUUUCUCAAUUGCAAAAAAAUGAAGCAAAAAAGAAUCGCUAAACUAAAAUGAAUUGUGGAUAUUCACGCUGGAUCUAUCUUCUUCUGCUUGCAAAGCAAACCGUUGCAUAAUUAGUAAUAACCUUAUUUUAUUAUGGCUAAUUUAUUCCGGCAGUUUCAGUCAUUUAAACUGUUUAGUGAGCUAAGUAGUUGACCUUGUUUAUUUCAACGCUCUAAAAGCUAAUUAAAAGUGAAAUUAAUGAAUGAAAAGAUAGUGGGCUUUUUCAAUUUACGAGUAGAAAAAGGGAUGAUUGGGAAUUGUCCAGACUCUGCCCAAAUACUGCUCAAAAAUGCGGAAUUUCUAUCGGCACUGCUAAAUGGUCGCUUCCAAAUUAUGGCAUUCUACAAGCUCUCCCCGAAGCCCCAAACUGGUGAACUGUGGCGAACAGCUUCCGCUCUGUAGUCAGCUGACUAUUUGGAUAAUCACUGAAUCACUUUAAGUUUUGAAAAGCAUUGCUUUGGAAGUACAUUUUAAAAUUGUCAUCAGACUCUUUUAGAAUAUAAAUUGUAAAAAAAAAAAAACACAAUAUACCACACUUGUACGUUCCACUACACCUGAGCGCUCGUGAAACGGAAAUGUUCGAAACUGGUAAGUGUUUUCUUUCGGAAAACGGAUAUUGUUGUCUUGUGGUCAGGGGAAAAGGCAAUAGUUUGACUGUGGCCUAAUAUCUGAAAUUAAAUUUUAUAUAUUUCUUUUUUGGUGUGUGUAUGUGGGGGGGUGGGGGGGGGGAGUGGUGGUGGAGGGCAAAUCAAUUUUGUAUGUCUCCAUCUGCAACGAGUAUGUUUACUUAAAUUCUAAGAGAAAAUAAUAUAACGAUCAACUUAAAUAUAUGGCAUGGUUCAUAGCCCUCUAAAGCAUAUCGCUAAAUAAGGGAAAUCGUUAGCUGGCUGGUUGUGCGCUAACUACGUCUUCUUCGUAACCUAGUGUUUGAAAGGCAUUGAUUUUUGACCUUACAUGUCUUGAUUAUUUCUCUGCGACUUAAUUCUAUUUCAAGCUAUCCGUCGUGUAAUUUAUAAAAACAUAGGAAAAGUGUUUUCCAAAAAACUAGACAUUAUGGCAGACAUAAUUUAAUUUAUGGCAAGGCAUGAUAAUCACAUGAUAACUUGUUGCUAGGUCAGGCUGUACCAGCUACUGCAAAUUUAGCCAAUGAGGUUGUUAAGGGCUGUGUCAGGGUUUAGUAAGUAUAUUGAGGUAUUUUCCCAGUAAUUCUUCCCCGGCCCCCCGGAUUCUUCCUUCUCUUCCUCGUCAUCAACUCGGUCAGAUCUCGUGCAAAAUCUUUCCCUCCUUCUCCCCUUCCACCUGCCUGCGGGUUAUUAUUGUUAACGGUGUUUCCUAUUUCUUCUUUUUUAUUUUCUUAUUUAGUUGUGUAGUUUGUGGUGGAUUUUUGUCGCCCCAUUUUUUAUUCAGUAGGUUAAUCGGUUUACAUAUAUCGAUGUGUUGUGAUUCUGUUACCUUUGAUUUCAUUAAACCUGCCACAACCGUGGCCAGAUUUAUCCAACACAGUUGUUUGUAUAUAGUUUGAUUCUGUUCCUUAUCGGAAAGUACGUAACCGGAAAUGCAAGCAGAGCUCGCGCAGAGUUGGGCCUUGUUUUGAACACAUGCCUUGAUAUAAAUUAGAGUUAAUAACAUAUUUCAAGCGAAUAACUUGCACCAUUUGACUGCAUGACUUAAUGCAAAAGAGCUUCAUGAAGUGAAUUAUUUAAUAAAACAGCGAAAAAAUAAAAAUUAAUAAUUGAUGUCAGUGAACUUUUGCGUUUAUUGAUCUGAUAAUAUGUUUUGAGAUUUGGUUUUCGUCCACCAUUUUUGUUUCUAAAAAUAACUUGAAAGAGACAGGACAGCGCCUACAAUGAUGAGAUGACAUCCCUUACCCGUUAUCCUCUCUUUCACUAAUUUGUUUGUGUGCUUAAUUACAUAGCUGUUAAAAAUGGUGACUGUGCAACCAACCCUCAAUUAUGUGACGCUAAUGCUGUUUGUAAAACAUUGGAAAACUGCCAUGGCUGCAUUUGUAACAAUGGAUACACUGGAAACGGAAAAAUCUGCACUGGUGAUUACUAACUACUUCAUGUUUGUCAACCAAAAAUUAAGGCGGGUCAUUAUACUUUUCUGGGAAACUACUCACCUACCCCUCUCCCCUAAUUCAACAUUUUGCCCUAAGUGAAAAGUAAGAGUGUUAAUGUUGGCUUAGGGGAGGGGUAGAUGAGCAGUUUCCCAGAAACGUAUAAUGAUUUGGCUAACUUUUAGCCCACGUAAGGGAAUCUAAGACAGUCCCGGAUUCUGGAUUCCACGCUUUGGAUUCCGGAUUCCAGGUACUGGGGCCUGUUUCUCGAAAGUCCCGCUAACUUUUCUGGCCCGGAAAGUCUGAAAGUUGUUCUGUGUUUGUUGUGUUUGCGUUCAAGAUCAAAUUUUCAAUAAUUUUGAAUAUAUUACAAUGUAACUGUUAGUGAACGAAGCAAAAUUGACUGGUUUGUGGGCCAAGAACUGUGAUACUAUGUAACAGGUUUUAAUUUCAAAAUUUCCUUCCGGGCCCGAAAAUUUUCUGGGUCUUUCGAGAAACGGGCCCCUGGAUUCCAGUCAGUCGAACUUAGAUUCUGGAUUUCACACCUCGGAUUCUGGAUUCCAGGUACUGGAUUUCGGAUUCCAUGUCAGUGGAACUUGGAUUCCGGAAUCAAAUAAUUAAGGGGAUUCCGGAUUCCUUGAGCUAGUUUACGGAUUCCAAAGCCCAUGAUUCCUGAUUUCCGUAAGCAAACAUUUCCUGGAUUCCGGAAUCCACAAGCAAAGAUUCCCUAAAACGUUCUGGGAUCCGGAUUCCCUUACUUAGGGCAAUAAGUUGUUGUGUUUGUUUUUAACAAACUUGCAAUCGAUAUGACCUCCGAUGACAAUAUAAUUGUUAUAAAAAGAGGUUCAAUACAGAACUUCCUUUUCAGAUAUUGACGAGUUUGUUUGUUUUAUUGACCAACAGUCACACAUGUGAUGUCAAUGCCUUUUGUAACAACACAAAUGGAUCUUACAAAUGCAGCUGCAAUCCUGGGUUCUUUGGAAAUGGACAAGCCUGCUUUGGUAAAAAUCAUUGUCAUUGUUGUCGUUUUGUUAGUCCUGUUUCUUGGCUUUCUAUCACGCGGAUGAUUUGUCUGGUUUUCUUCAGCGAACCGGGGAAAUUCUGUUUGUUUCUCAGUUUUCAUUUACAUGUCAAGCAUUCUUCCUCUUGCUCUAUCUCUAAUGAAGCCCUGUUAAGGUAAAAUUGGGACAACCAACAUGGCCUUGAUUGAUGAAAGACAGAUGAAAUGGCGACAAACGACAUUAAGAAGGGUAAAAUACUAACAAGGAUAUGGCCUACUCUUCCAAACGCGAAACCAUCACAUUUGAAAUUCACCCUAGAGACAUGCAUCGUAACCCCCCCCUCCCCCCCCCCCCCCCAUCCUAAGAGGUCCUCCCUGAAGACUUCUGUCAAGCGUCGAACUUCACUUCAAAUGUGCCGGACCUAAAUGCUAAUGAGCAAAAUUUAUUGUUCUCGCCUAUUCACAUUUGGUUCAGCACAAGUUAACCUCAAAGUUUGAUUUGCUCUGCUGGCCUAACAGUGCUUUAUUGAUUAAGUGAUCGAUCGAUUGAUUUUUAUUUAUUUAUGUUUUUACUUAUUUAUGGCUUCUAUAAGAUAUUAACGAAUGCGUGACCAACACCACCAAGUGCCAUGUCAACGCCUAUUGCAGUAACUCAAAGGGAUCGUAUCAUUGCACCUGUAAUCGAGGAUAUAGCGGAAAUGGAACGUCGUGUACUGGUAACCAUGUUUACUUAAUGAUUUAUUUAUUUCUUUCUUUAUUUUUGGUAUUCCUUGCAAGGCAAUCCAAAAGUAUAAGCUCAUAUCGUGACAAUUUGCUCGAUGAGGUACUAUUUUGUUGAAGCUUGCUAUCCAACUUACUACACUUACUACACCUACUACAGCUACUACACUUACUACACUUACUACAGCUACUACAGCUACUACAACUACUACACUUACUACACUUACCACAGCUACUACAGAUACUACACUUACUACAGCUACUACAACUACUACACUUACUACAGCUACUACACUUACUACACUUACUACAGCUACUACAGAUACUACACUUACUACAGCUACUACAGCUACUACACUUACUACAGCUACUACAGCUACUACAGCUACUACACUUACUACAGCUACUACUACAGCUACUACACUUACUACACUUACUACAGCUACUACACUUACUACACUUACUACACUUACUACAGCUACUACACUUACUACAGCUACUACAGCUACUACACUUACUAUACUUACUACAGCUACUACACUUACUACAGCUACUACACUUACUACAGCUACUACAACUACUACGCUUACUACACUAACUACACUUACUACACCUCCUGCACUUACUACACUUCCUACACUUACUACAGCUACUACACUUACUACACUUACUACAGCUACUACAGAUACUACACUUACUACAGCUACGACAGCUACUACACUUACUACACUUACUACAGCUACUACAGCUAUUACACUUGCUACAGUUACUACACUUACUACACUUGUUAAAUUCAUUACACUCACUACACUUGUUACUCUCUGUGCCAAGAGGCCCGACAUGGCACUGGUGCCUCAGGACAUUUCAUGGGGUCAUACAUGAACUACUGACCCAACUUAUUAACUGAUUUAUUGGCUUUCUCUUUAUAUGAUCUCUAAAGGGCUGAUUACAGCUUCUAUCAUUAGCGUUUUCCACUGACAUUCUGUUUUGUUUACGAAAACCCGCUAAUUGUAAUCUUUACAUCAAACAAAGAGGCUUAUAAAUAGAUACGACAAGCGCGGAUUGACUAACGAAGAGGUUAAUUCUCAGUAAUUUCAGAAUGGGCAUUGAAUGGUUUAUGAUCCAGCAUCUAUAGAGAACGAUUAAAAAAAUUACCUACUACAUAAUUAAACUAGAUAACUCAUAAAGCAACCAGGAAUUUUAUGCACUUUUGCCUCGGACAAUGGAUUUGAGGAACAAAUUCGGCUGAGACCUGGGUUCUCUGAGCAAAUUCUCUCCUAACAAAUUGGCAUCAGCCAGCCUCGACCCCAUCAAUCUCAUUAUACUGUGCUACACCUUUGACGGAAACACAGUAUUCUGAUUUUAUAUUCUCUGUUUUCAAGUCCUGCUUGUCUUAAGAUAUUUCAUUGUUAUUUGAUAUCACUUUUAAAAGUACUAUCAAGCGUAUAGUCAAUUGCUUCAGUCGCUCCCAUGACAUAUCUCAAAUAGGGUAGCUUUACACAUCUUUACAUCAUCCUUAGCCCUUUCGAAUUCCCCUACCAUCUCUAUUCGGUGACAGUAAUAUAUCGAUUUAGCCAAGGCUAAAGCAAGAAACUUGUAACCAUGCAUGUAUCCACUAGGAGUUAAGCCAGGGAUCAUUAAAAAAUAACUUGUCAGCGGAUAACUUCAAAAAACACAAUGUCGAUGAGGCGACACCAGAGCCCGCGAUACGGUCAUGUGAUACUGGUCAGUGGGUACCCUGUGACUGACCACAACGUGCAUGUGCAAUAUCAGGUUGCAGGCUCCCACUCUAGCCACAAAGUGUGACAUUUCACAUUGGUUUCCCUGUGGUGCGGACGGACUGGCGGAUGGACAGUCACUUAUCAUGGAUAGAUUAGCAAAUACUCUCCACUGUGGGGCUGCGCUCUCGUUAAGCACUGCUAUAACUGCCUGAAAUUAAAAGGAUUUUACCCGUUUGGAGAUAUUGACGAGUGUACAACCAACAUUGAUUCAUGUGAUGUGCAUGCUUCUUGUAACAAUACCAUUGGGUCUCAUAACUGCACCUGUAAUUCUGGGUUCUAUGGAAGUGGACAAGAGUGCCUAGGUAAAAUCAAUUGCUAAUACUUUUCUUUGAUUCAUUGUUUGAAUUUCAUUUUAUAGUCAAGCCUCCAGGUGCGACCCCCUCUCGUUGGCUACCAUUUAUCCAAAACCCCAAAAUUUCCCACUGAAAUUACUAAUAGUUGGAACCUCUCGCAAACGACCGCGACCACUUUUUGAGGAGACAAGUUUUCCACUGCAUUUAACAUCUUGUAGGAGACUAGUUGAUGCAUGGACUGAUCUCUAUGUUUUCUGUAUGAACUGCGCUACUCAGAGUAUACGAAAAAAAUUUAGUGAUAACACGGAGCUUAAGAAAGAAGAAAUUGCAUCCAGUAAAUUCUCUUUCAAGAAGUAUGUGUCAGGACUUCAGAUCGGAAAAGUCUCUCCUAUCGUUCGAUUCUCGUAAAGCGACCACCCUCCGUAUGAUACCUCUGAAUCUUCGCAUUUUGGGUGGCCGCUUACGGGAGGUUCGACCGUAUUACGUGCUUUUCCUUUGUUGGUCUUCUGUACGCACUCCCGGCCACUUAAAAAUUUGCUGGCGCGCAGACGUCCAUUCCACGAAACAUGAGCAAGGAGAGUCGGCUGCAUUCGCAGGCUUUGACAGAGUAGAGAAAAGAGCAAUAGUAUCAACAUUUUGUAGCAUUAUAAAUUAUUUCAAGUUUCAAUCCAUGUCAAUCCUUGCCAUUCGUAGCAACAGACGACAGGAAACAGUUUCAAUACCUAAAUAUAGCCUUAUUUGACAAAACUGGACCAUUACUUUUGAAUUACGUCAUUUCCGAGUUCCCAAAAAAUUCUCACUUUCAAAACGAGGCUAAGUGCAAAACCUUUUUUGUUAAAAUGAGUUUUAUUUGUAUGGGGAAAAACCAUUUCCAUAUCAAUGGCUUCGUACUUAGCCUCCGACUUUGAAACAGAAGCUUAAACAGAACUUAGAAAUGGCCAGUUGCUGAAAAGACGCGUUUUAGCUUUUUAAAAGUAUGGCAAAAAGCGUGGCAUAGCCCUUACCAUCUUUAACAUUUUUAUAAUCUUGUUGAUUGUAAAAAGACUACCGUAAAUCUUCUCUAAAUCUCCCGCUCUCAAAUAAGUCCCCUCCCCCCUUUUAAGGGGAAGAAAGUUAAAAAUCCCCUCUCUAUUAACCCCCCCCCACAUCUCCCCUCUCCUAAUUAUUCUUCACUAAUAAAUGAUAGAUUGUAUUAAUCAAUCGCGAAUGUGAACUUCGUGUGGACUGAUCCGGAAUGGUUUAUUUACCAAUUGGAAGUUCGGAUUUGAUUCCGAUCCUCGGCUGCAUGACUUCCAACCUUCUUGUACUUGAGCUUUUCCACUUUGUAUUCUAGUACGUUCUUUAUGGGGAACUGAUACCAUCGUCAUUUCUAAGUAAAUAAACCCCCUCUCAAAUAAGCUCCCCGUCUCUAUUAAGCCCCCCCCCCUCAAAUUGGGUUGGAAAAAAUAAGCCCCUCCCCCGGAGGUCUUAAUAGGGGAUUUACGGUAAGUUUAAACAUCAAACAUUUCUCCCUCUCACUGUGAAGAAAAAGCUUUGAAACUGAAAAAGGGUAACGGCCUUGGUGUCUCCAUGACAACAGUAAUAACAGUUGCUGAAAAAAAGGAGAGGCUAAGCUACGACUGGCUAAUUUAUUCGAUCCUGAACGGAUCGUUAUACGUUUGUGGGAAACUACCCACCUACCCCGGCCCUCCCCUAAGUCAACAUUUUGCCCUAAGUGAGAAGUAAGUGUUAAUAUUGGUUUAGGGGAGGGGUAGGUGUGCUUUUUCCCAGAAACGUAUUAUGAUUUUGUCUAUAAUGCCAGUUACACUCCUUAUUUGCUAUCAAAUAUAUGUAACUAAUAUAACUUCUAAAUGACAGAAUCACAUUCUAUCAAACAGUAGAAAACAAAUUUUAACAAAUACAUUUUGCAAAAAACUGUUAGCGUGACAAGUUUUCAAAAACCACAAUUGCAAUCCGCGUCAUCAAGUUUUUACAUCCCUGCUAAAUUUCAGAUUUGUAUUUGCUGUAUUUAAAUACAAUCUUUUAACGUUUUGAUCGGUUAUUUUUGUUGCAUUCAAUUUGGUGAUGGUUCCCACUGUUUCAGUUUUGAUGCAUUGUGUGACAUAUCCCCUUUAAAUUCCUCAAGAUAUUGACGAGUGUUCAACCAACAAUCACUCAUGUGAUGUCAACGCUUUUUGUAACAACACAAGUGGAUCCUAUCGAUGUACUUGCAAGUCAGGUUACUUUGGAGAUGGACAAGUGUGCAGGGGUAAAACUCAUUUCGUUUGUUUGUUUUACCAUACGUCUGUUUUGUCUUGUAAUGUUUCUCGCGCGACACAUAUUUUUCGCCACUCAUUGUAACAAACCAUUUUUUCUUUAAAAGAUGUAGACGAAUGCGCAAACAACACCCACAAUUGCGAUGUUAAUGCAUAUUGCAAUGACACCGAGGGAUCGUUUUUCUGCUCCUGUAAUCGAGGAUAUAGCGGAAAUGGAACAUACUGUACAGGUAAAUAUUAAACAAUUAUUUCAAUUCAUACUCUGAUUUCUGCAUCUUAUUGGCCACAACCCUAAGUGGUUAUUAUCAUACUAUCAAUUCAUCCCGAUUUAUUUGUUUAUUUAUUUUUGUUUUUUUUAAUAGCGCGAACGAUUUAAAAAUGUGCAAUUUACACGCCUAAAAGGUUCGAACAAGCAUUCCGGCCUGUUUCAUAGACAUGACCCCCCUCCCCCCAAUUCAACUCUUCUCGGAGAUUGCAUUGCAAACCUCUAUAUUAAGUGAUAUCGCCUUUGGUUUUGAUAUUCAGUCCUCUGUUGGCAAAACAGCAAAGCUAAAAUACAGACAAAUGGCAAUUAAUUAUGGGUUGAUCCUACCCCCUUUCUGUCUUUGUAUUUGCCAAUAUGUUAAACUGAUAAAUAAAACUUUAAGUUUUUUCUUUUUAGAACUUAAGAUAUUAACGAGUGUACCAGUAAAUCGCCUAAGUGCACCAAACGGUUGUAUAUUAAGUUUAAUAGCAACAUUCAGUAUUUACAGACAUGACAUCAGGCCUUUUUCGCCUUUCAGAUAUUAACGAGUGUACUAUUAGCGUCGAUAACUGUGAUGCCAAUGCUUUCUGUAAUAACACUGGUGGAUCUUUUGACUGCAUCUGCAGUCCAGGAUACACUGGAAAUGGAACAUCAUGCACCGGUAAAUCAUGUUCAAGUCAUAUAAAACUAUAUAAUGAACUCCGAAACAGAAGCACCCCAUUAUAUACAUACAACGUUGCUCCUCUCUCCACUUUCUCUCCUUAUUACUCUAUUCAUAAUAGCCUGCCUGCAAAAAUAACAGCUGCUUUCUCUCCUUCCAGAUAUUAAUGAAUGUGUGACUAACGUCCAUAACUGUGAUGCCAAUGCUUUCUGCAAUAACACUCAGGGGUUUUAUAACUGCACAUGCAGCACUGGAUACACUGGAAAUGGAACAUCAUGCAACGGUUAUUUUCAAAAUUUUUUGUUUGUUUGUUUGUUUGUUUUUUAUUCACUUUCGUUUUAAACUUACCGUAGGUUAAAAUCACCAACUUGUAUGAUUUGCGUUUUGGGGGGAAAAGGUUGUUUAUUGCCUUGGUAUUGUCUUCUUUCAACUAAAAACGAAGAAGGAAAUUAGAAGAAAUCAAUGCCACAACCCAAGAAACAGUUAUCCACAAACGUCAUUUAAACUGAAUAUGUCGAAAAUCGGGCCUUUUUUAGCGCAGAAUGAGCUUGCCUAUCUGUUUUUCUAACCCUCAUUUAUAUAUUUGUUUUCAGCCUUUUUCUCCUUCACAAUCGACGGACGCAUCGGAAAUCAUGGCAUUAUUCAAAAUUUUACAGUUCCGAAGACCAGUGUGUAUCUGGUAAAAGCCUGGGGUGCUCGAGGAGGAACACAUGCACCAACCUAUGGAAUAACCCCGGGGACAUAUCACGGUGGCAGAGGGGCAAUUAAGGAAGGCAUGUUUCGUUUGAAUGAGAGCACUGUACUGAAUAUUGUGGUGGGAUAAAAAGGUGGAGAUUCAGUGCAGGUUCAAGGAGGAAAUUCCACUAACUUGACAGCCGCUCAGCUGGGACUGUCUGUAGAGGACAAUGCUGGUAAUGGGGGAGGGGGAGGGAGCUUUGUUUAUACGACAAGUAAUGUACUUUUGUUAGCUGCCGGAGGGGGAGAGGGUGCAUCCAAUGGUUAUAACGGAGUGGAUGGUCAGGCACCAGGAUGGUACCAGCUCUGUUGGAAAAUUCCCAGCUCAUCUUCGAGGAGGAGGAGUUGGAGGGCAACCCGGUCUUUGUAAUUCUGGGGGAUUACACAGCGGGGGAGUCGGGGCCUGUUGGUUUGGUCCUGGAUGUCUCGUAUCGGGUUCUGUACAUGGUGAAAGGGGCGGGUCACGCCCUGAAGGCUGGGUCGGAGGAAGAGCUGGGGAAAAGAAUAGUGGUUACAACGGAGGGCCUCCUCCAGGGGCAGUAGGAGGGCUUGGUGGUGGGGGAGGGGGAGCCGAAGAUGGUGGUGCAUCUGGAGGGGGAGGAGGUUACUCUGGGGGAGGAAGCGGCGUAUUUUCUUUUCAGGCAGGAGGGGGUGGGGGUUCAUUUUGUGGUGGCUUAAAUGGAAGUUGUUCAGGUGUUUCCGGUGGUAACCUGAAUGACAAUGGGCUAGUACAAAUCACACAAUUGUAA